AUGAACAACAUUGGCCAAACAGGUGGUCAAGCAGGUUUGGACUUGAAUGUUGAGCCUAUUUGGAAGAAGAAUUUUACAGGUUCUGGAGUGACAGUUUGCAUUCUGGAUGAUGGCAUUGAUCAUACUCAUCCAGACCUUAUUGACAAUUUUGAUGUGGCAGCAAGUAUUGACUUGAAUGGAGAUGAUAAUGACCAGGAUCCAAUGCCUGACACAAGCAACCCUAACAAUGGCCAUGGGACCCGUUGUGCUGGAGCAGUUGUGGCCAAAGCCAAUAACAGUGUGUGUGGUGUGGGAGUGGCCUAUAAAGCCAAAAUUGGAGGUGUUCGAAUGUUGGAUGGCACCAUCACAGACUUACUGGAAUCUAAAGCUCUGCUCUUUAAACCCAAUUAUAUCAAUAUUUAUAGUGCUUCAUGGGGUCCAAUUGAUGAUGGCGCAACAAUGGAAGGACCUAAACCACUUGCCAAAGCUGCUUUACAAGCAGGAGUGAAAAAAGGCCGUAAUGGUUUAGGUGUAAUUUACGUGUGGGCUACUGGAAAUGGAGGCUUGACUUCCGAUGACUGUAAUGCCGACGGUUAUGUUUCAAGUGUAGAAACUUUGGCGGUUGGUUCCGUUUCCAAUCAAGGGAAAAUGCCUUAUUUUAUGGAACAAUGCACAUCAACCAUGGCUGUUGUUCCAACCGGGGGCGAGAAAGAAAAACCAACAUCAAAGUCUGAAAACAGAAAAAUACAAGUGGUAACCACAGGACUUCAUGGUCAGUGUAUUGAAAACUUCGAGGGUACAUCAGGGGCAGCUCCACUGGCUUCAGGAUGCAUUGCUUUAGUAUUGCAGGCAAACUCUCACCUGACCUGGAGAGAUGUUCAGCAUUUGGUAGUGCACAGUGCUCGUAUUCCAUCUUCUGAUAGCAAUUGGUUCUUUAAUGGUGCUGGUCUUCAUGUUAGCCAUUCUUUUGGAUUUGGCCUCAUGGACUGUGGACGAAUGGUUGAAAUGGCUCAAGAUUGGAAGAAUGUUCCUCCUCAAAGGAAGUGUUUUUAUACAAGUGCAGAUAUGAAAAUGCAAGUUUCUUAUGUUAAGCCAGUCAAGAUCCAGAUAUUUUGUAAUAGCUGCUCAAAUAUAGCCUUCUCUCAUUUAACACGUUUAGAACAUGUUCAAAUCAUACACCCUAACCUCUCUCACCUUUCUUUUCUUCUUGUUUCCAAAUUGAACUGCUUCUUCUCUGGAACCUCUCUCUUUCUAAACUGUCUCCAUUCUUCUUCUUUACACUGA